GGCGUGUCGGCCGGGGGAGGAGGGAGCGCGGCGCGGCGCGGCGGUCGGCUCCGCCGGCCCGUGGGGCGGAGGCUGCGGCGGAGCCUCCCGUCGUUGGCCGGUGCGGAGGCUCCGCUCGGAGAGUUGAGGGCUGUUCCUCUGUCGGAGCUGAGGACGCGGCACCUAAGUCGCCGGUGCAAGGCCUGACAAUGGCACCGAAUGAGCACUGCCUUCAAGCCUCCUUCCUGUAAAUGAUAGGACCAAACAAGGCGGUGUGAUGAACAUGCCACUGCAUCAAAUCUCUGUCAUUCCAGCUCAGGAUGGUACCUCUUCCAGAGUCUCCAGGAGCAAGACCAAAGAAAAAGAGGAACAGGCAAAUGUAGGGCAGUCAGCAGCUCUGCUUACACAGCUCCGUCUCUUUAGUCUGGAUAACAGGAGUCAUGCAACCAGGGGAAGCUACGCUGAGGAUACACACAUGCAUUCAUGCUGGAAAAUGAAGCUGCAGGUGAGGCAGCCUCAGCUCAGCAAGAGGAAGGCUUUCAAACUCAAACAACUAAAGAGGGGAGACGGAGAUCAGAUCUCCAUUUUGAAAUGGCAGCUGGAGACACAGGUUAUCCAUCAGAUGCACUUUGUGGAGCCUUUGGAAAGAAAGCAAAGCAAUGCAAAACCCAGAAAAAUGAAUGAGAAGGCUUUGGGGCAUUCUGUGAGCCGCUCUAGUAACAUCUCAAAGGCUGGAAGUCCAACCUCUAUCUCUGCCCCUCAUAGCUUCUCUCGGACUUCUGUUACACCAUCCAACCAGGACAUCUGCAGUUCCAGUGCAGUGUUUUCUGAGUGUUGUCAUCACAGUCCAGUGCAGUCUGCUGUUGUCUUGAAAAAUCCUCACUGCCAGAGCCCUCUGACACAAGGGGUCACUGUGACAGUAAUCUGUCAGGACACGUUACAUGCAGCAAAGAGAAACUCCCGUGGGCAGGAUCGGGGCCAGGCACUCAGGUCUGCUAAGAAUGUAAAGCCCACCCGCACUCUGAAAUUCUCCAAGUCCCUCAAUGACGUGGACCAGAAGGCACAGAGCACCAGUGAGUGCUUUGACUAUGUGGAGCGAACACGCUCAGAAGGCAAAUUGACCCCGACUCAAGAGCAGUGUUUAAGGAUUAACAAAUUUCAUCUUAAAGAGAGGAAACCGCUGAAUCUCAGGCCUCUUUCUUUUAGCAAUUCUAAGCACUCCUAUAUCCCUUCCCUUUCCAACUACUCGAGUGCAUCGGGAGGAGCAGAGAACCACAGCGCUGUACAUAUCCCCUUGCUGGAGGACAAAGUGGACCAUGACACCUCAAGGAGCAAAAAACUGUUGCGUUACCUUUUUUCCUUCUCCCACACCUCCAGCACCAGCAGCCUGCAUAAGUUCCACGAACUGGAGAGCUAUUCCAGUCAUUUCCAAGCUGAGAAAUCCUCCAGCGUGCUGGUGGAAAGCACGGACUUCUGCUCUGAUGAUAUGGGAGACGAUGACGUCUUUGAGGACAGCACCUCAGUGAAAUUGAAAACAAAAGAGCAGCGGGCGCCACUCUGUUCAGUUGAGAAGGACAGUGACCUUGACUGCCCUUCCCCCCUCUCAGAAAAAUUCCCCCCUCUCUCCCCUGUGUCCACAUCGGGGGAUACCUGCAGGAUAUGUCACUGUGAAGGAGAUGAUGAGAGCCCUUUGAUUACCCCCUGUCACUGCACGGGAAGUCUUCAUUUUGUGCACCAAGCCUGCCUGCAGCAAUGGAUCAAGAGCUCAGAUACGCGAUGUUGUGAACUGUGCAAGUAUGAGUUCAUCAUGGAGACAAAACUGAAGCCUUUGCGAAAGUGGGAGAAGCUGCAGAUGACGGCCAGCGAGAGGAGGAAGAUCAUGUGCUCUGUAACAUUCCAUAUCAUUGCCAUCACCUGCGUUGUGUGGUCUCUCUAUGUCCUGAUAGACAGGACCGCUGAAGAGAUUAAACAGGGACAGACUACUGGGAUUCUAGAGUGGCCAUUUUGGACUAAGCUGGUGGUUGUGGCUAUUGGUUUCACUGGAGGACUUCUGUUCAUGUAUGUACAAUGCAAAGUGUACGUACAGCUGUGGAAGAGACUUAAAGCUUAUAACCGAGUAAUAUAUGUACAAAACUGUCCGGAAACUAGCAAAAAGAAUAUUUUUGAAAAACCUGCACUAAUGGAGCCAAACUUCGAAAGUAAAGAAAUGCUUGGGGUUCACCAUUCAGACACAAACUCUUCACAUUACACAGAGCCAGAAGACUGUGCUGCAGAAAUCCUUCACGUCUGAUUGCUGGGUGGGAGGGCUGUUUCUGUAUGUCCUUGAAGAUUUAAAAUAUCAUUGUUUACUGCAAACUGCUCUACCUUUUUAAAAUCAGCUAACAGCUGAGGGCUGGCGGAUGAAUUUUUUUACAUUUGUUUUAUGUUGGAAUUUUUUUAAAAUCCCUUUGGCAUAUCUGUCAAUGUCAUCAUGGCUGCAUACCUCUCAAUGUUUAGUCUCUCAUACUGGCUGAUCAAAGAGCCACAGGAUACUGGGUAGAAUGAGCCUUGGGUUUGGUAUCAAGCAAGCCGCUAGUGAACUUUCAUCAACUUCAUGGAGUCUGUUACUUUAGAAGAUGACUCUAAAUGAUUCUGGAAUAUGUGUAGAGUGGGGUUUGUUUGUUUGUUUGUUCUUUAGCGUGCUGAAGGAGGUUGUCCCAGAUGUUGAGGGAAAUGAGAGAGCAAGAGUCUAAUCUACUGCUAACACUGCCACUAACAUUUUUUCUUAGGCAGCAGGUGUAAAAUUUUGCUUUACAUAUUGUGAUGAGACUUACAAAGCAUAUAGCACUUUUAAAAAUCUUUAUUUUGUAAUAUGUAUGUCAAAUGAGAAUGAAACUUGAAAGAAUGUGUCAUUUUCGAAACAUUUCUUCAUUCUUUACCCCCUCUAUUCUUCUGGAACAUAAACCUCUUGCCUUAUAAAAAAAAAAAAAAAUUAAAAAAAUUUCCAACCUGUGAUUUCCAACACAUGCCCACAUUAUCUUACUAAACAUAACACUAAAAAACUCUGCCUCUUUGGGUUUCCUUUGAGGAGCAAUUUUUUUCAAAGGAUAUUGCACUUGUGAUUUGUGUGUGCGGAACAGUGGAUGUGUACAGUGUUCGUUUUCAAUGCGUAAUGGUUUCAGUGCUCUGUUUGGGGGAUUGGUUUUGUUGUUUUUUUUCAACAGGUCAGACCGUCAACACACCUGCACAUAUAUACCUGAUGUAACUUUCAUUCCAAACCAUUGGCAAAGGGUUUCUUGCUAUAUUGGUAAAAAUGUGAGCUGUUAUGGAAAAAAAGAUACUUAGUCAAUACAGCUGAAAUUGGUUUUCCUUCUUUA